UGUGCCUUCAGGCAUCAAAGGUUUCUCGGCACUUGACGGAUUGUGCUUGAUGAUUGAGCGAUGAAGAAAAGUGUGUGAUUGCUUCUCCUGGUGAUCGCGGCUUGAUGACUUCGAACAUGACCACCGGAGGCAUCGGCGCAGCCGCUUCCACUACCGUGGGUCAGGAACUUUGGUCGCUCGGAAGCCGCUUCAUCGAGACGUCGACGGCUUCGCUGGAACAUUUGCUGCGACAAAAUGUUGUCACGAUCUUGGACUAUCAGCUCAACGAGGCUGAGUGUGCCGAGCUGGACGCCCGGUUCGCCGAUCAAGCUGGAGGAAUAUCCUCGGGAAUGGAGUCACUCUCGGCGCGCCACACAGCCGGCCCCGAACAGCCGAGUCAGCAGCUGUCUCUCCACGAACCCCAGGCGGCGUACGGCCAAGGUUGCCCGUCGGCAUGGGACUCCUUCACCUGCUGGCCGCCGACUGAAGCGGCGAGGGCACUGCGCAAGCCCUGCGCGCACAUCAUCGCCUCGCUGGACAUUUCGCUGGCAGAGUCGGACGCUUCGCUCGCCAAGGGUCUCUACGCCUACCGAGUGUGCGGCGCUGACGGCAACUGGCUCUGGGGAAACUGGACCAACUACACCGAGUGCCUCGGUUUGAUCAACCAGCAGUCGGGCCAGCAGAGUAGUUCCGCUGUUUCCCUGGCGGUUGUGUACAUCCUGCUCUUGUUCUCCCUGCUGUCGCUGAUUUUCCUCUCAGCUAGCAUGUUCAUCUUCUGCUACUUCAGGUCUCUGGAGUGCCCGAGGACGCGAGUGCAUCGAAACCUGAUGCUUGCCCUGGCGGUGCACGCGGUGAUGCUGGUGGUGUUAUCUACGCCGCUGGCGCUUCAUCCAGAUGCACCGACGCCCUUCGCACAAACGCCCGUGCUGUGCAAGUGCGUGCUGUCGCUGAAGAUGUACGCGGCCACGGCCUCCAUCAACUGGAUGUUCGUCGAGGGACUGCUGCUGCACUCACGCGUCGCAGUCUCCGUGUUCCGGCAGGACGCCCCCUUCCGGCUCUACUACGCGCUCGGCUGGGGAUUGCCCCUUGCUUUCAUCCUGGCUUGGGCGUACCUGACAGAGAAAGAGCUUCGCACGGCAUGCUGGGAAGGGUACGGGUCCAGCUCAUACGUCUGGAUACUCAUAGCUCCACGUCUUGUCGCUAUACUGGUGAACUCCGUGUUCCUGGUGAACAUCGUAAGGAUCCUCGUGACACGCAUUAAGCCCAAGGCGUCAGCAUUGGAGACAACGCAGUUCAGAAAAGCCAUCAAGGCCACGGCGCUGCUCUUUCCUCUGCUGGGCAUCACGCACCUGCUGUUUUGCAUCAACCCUCAGAACGAGACCAUGGGACUCAAGGAAGCCUACAUGAUCAUCAACGCCGUCCUCCAGUCAUCGCAGGGAAUAUUCGUGUCCGUGCUCUACUGCUUCAUGGACUCGGAGGUGCAGACGGCAUUGCGGAACGCCUACCUGCGCGCCGCCGUGCGGCGUGAACCGCGAAAGGCCAACCGAUCGUCUCGGUCUUGGAUUCUGCCCGGCGGCCGCCAGUGCAGUCUGGGCGGCUCGACGGUGUCUUCGCUCUCGUCGGUGUCGAGGAAGCUGCCACCCGCCGCGUCACAGCCGGCGUCGAACCAGGACGGCCGUCGAGACAGCGGCCGCGAAGGAACGGGCUGCAACGCGGCCGGUGUGCCCCGUCACUGCUGCAGAGGCGCGCUGAAGCUCGGCGACUCCGGACGCAGCCGCGACAGGACCGUCGACAUCUUUCGCGUGUGAAACGCCACGGCCAGUCGAAGACUUGACUUCGUGCCACGUGCUCGAGACCCGAGAAACUGUCCGCCCCCGUAGCCAGUGACUCGAAGUGCAUCCGGAUCAAAAAGAAGAAGAAAAAUAACAGUAAACUGGAAUUCAAAGUUCUUGAUGUGCUGUCGUAAUUAAACGUGUUAGCACACUUUGUA